AACAUAAUUCUGAAGCUUCAAAAAAAAACUCGUCUUCUUCUCAUUCGUCAAGCAGCUGAGCCCAAUAAUGGCUUCUUCUUCACUUUUCUCAAUCAACAGAUAUGGAAAUUUCUAUUAUUAAGAUUGAUUGGCUUGGUGGAUUGGUGGUGUUUAAUGCCCAAACGUGACUUCCACUUAGCGGUAGUCGUAGUAUAGAUGGGCGAUCGAUUCCACAAGGAGGCUAGACCAGUGGAAGUCUGCUCAACCAUGUCGAUUGGUUCUGUACAAUUCCAUCCUCCAUUCGCUGCCAAAAGUUCUUCAGUUGGCAGAACUGGAAAGAACAAUUCAGGCUGGGUUCUCAAUUUCCCGAAAUCGCAUAAAUUGAGCAGAACAUUGUGUUUGGGAAUUGGGAAAGUGGGAUUGAGUCAAAUCUCAAAUGGAGUUGGGGAUAAAGACGGAAUUAUCAUCGUCGACCAUGGUUCUCGUCGCAAGGAAUCAAAUCUCAUGCUAAAUGAGUUUGUGACUAUGUUUAGAGAUAAAACUGGAUACAAUAUUGUGGAGGCUGCUCAUAUGGAGUUGGCAGAACCAUCAAUCAGAGACUCAUUUUGUAAAUGUGUUCAACAAGGGGCAAUCCGGGUUAUUGUGAGUCCAUUUUUCCUUUUGCCCGGAAGACAUUGGCAUCAGGAUAUUCCUUCACUAACAGCAGAAGCUGCAAAGGAGCACCCUGGUGUCCCUUAUAUCAUAACUGCACCUCUUGGUCUCCAUGAGCUACUUGUGAAUGUGGUCGAUGACAGGAUUAAACACUGCUUAAGCCAUGUUGCUGGGGAUGCAGAUGAAUGUGAUGUCUGUGCUGGAACAGGCAAGUGCAGGCUAUAUUGAUCUACAAAAGAGAGUAAGCUGUAUAUUUACUCUGCAUUCGCUGAAUUCAUCCUGAAUGCUUCUCUUGUCCAAUUCCAUAAUCUUGAAAACUUCUCCUCCUCUAUUUUCUUACUUGCAUAAGUACGGGCUUCAGCUUGAGCAGGAGUUUCUUCUUCAUAUGAAGCUGACAAUAAACCACAUCAGUGGAAAUACCUUUUAGUAUACAGAAGAGAGUAUAUAUGCACAACACAAUCAAUUGUUGAGUAUAGUAAUGGUUAAGAGUCCAUUUCAGUUAAAAUGGCAAUUAAUUAGAAUUUAUACUGUUUGGAUGCUGGUAUUUAUUGGUUGUCUGCUGUUCCAGUUGUUUGUUAAAGGAUUUAGCUGCCAUAAAAACAUUCUUGGGUCUCUCCCAUCCUCCUCCAAAUACACCAUAACCUUCUUUUGGCUGAGGUUUAACAAGGAAUUCAAGCACCGGCAGUUCGUCACUGUCCACCCAGUGAAUGCAAUUAACAGGGCAUGAAUCGAUGGAUACCUGCAAGUUUUAUGGAAUGUUAUAAUUUGUUUCACAGCUGACCUGUAAAGCUUCUGUUUAUAGUUAGUAAAGCUUAUUUUCCGAGUUUGAUGAUGACAGAACUUAUUUUCUUUGGUUACAGCGGAGCAGUUAAGGUGUUUCAUAUGAUUUAAUCAAUUGUUCUGUAUUCUAGAGAGAGAUAUUGUUUCUUGUACAAUACAGAAGCUAGAUCAUUUCACUUUGCGUCUGUGGACAUAGAUCUUAACAUAUCAUAUUGCUUAAA